GUGUGUGGGUGGUGUCAAAAUUUAAUGUUGCUGUUUAUCAAACAUACCAGUGGUGGUUUUCGCAGAUUGUUUCCAGUUUUUUCAGCAGUAAUUAUAGGUGCAAAAUGAGUAAUCCGUUGAAGGAGUGCUUCAUAAAACCCCUGACCGACCGACAUCCUCCGAUUCGAAUCGACUCGGAGCGUAAAAUCAUCGGACGCAGCCCGGAAACUUUGAUCCAGGAUCCGUGCUGUUCACGGCAGCAAGUGUGCCUGAAAGCCAAUUUCAAGGGAGGAUUUGUUUUGGUUAAAAGCCUGGGAUCUAAUCCCUCGGUGUUGAAUGGUAAGCAGCUGGAGAAAAACAUGGGCUAUGAAGCUUACGACGGGGAUAUUCUGGAACUGCUACCCGGACAGCAUCAGUAUACGUUCGUUUUUAAAUUCGACGAGAAAACCGAUAGCAAGGACAGGAAAAGCAAAGAGAAGAAAGACGACAAGGGAAAGUCCAAUGGAGAUGACAAGGAGAGACGAGAUUCUCACAAACGGAGUCUGUCGAAAUCGGAUUCUAAAGGUGACUCACAACGGAAAAAGAAGAAGCGGGACGAACGGAACGGAAGUUCUAGCAGCUCCAGCAGAUCGAUCAGCAUCGACAGAGAUGGAGGAAGUAAGAAAACUCCGGUUCCUGCCGCGGAAGACCGAUGGGAAGACAUCGAUUCGAAACUGUUGUACAUCUUCACUAGCAAAGACGUGAUCGCUUCCGAUAAGGUCGCAGCUUACGAUCUGGACGGAACGCUAAUCAAGACAAAAUCGGGAAACGUGUUUCCCAAGACGAUUGACGAUUGGCAGAUUGCCUACCCGGAAGUUCCGGGAAAACUGAAAUCACUUCACAAGAACGGAUUCAAAAUUGUACUCUUCACCAACCAGGCAGGCAUUUCGAAGGGAAAGUUGAAGAUUGAAGAUUUCAAGCAGAAGAUCGGAUCGAUCCAAGCCAAGCUGAAUGUUCCCUUCCAAGUGUUUGUCUCCACUGGAAAGGGGAAAUACCGAAAACCCUUAACCGGCAUGUGGGAUGCUCUGACCCAGUUGAAAAACGAUGGCAUCAAAGUGGACAGAGCGCGCAGCUUUUACGUUGGUGACGCAGCUGGCCGUCCGGAGCAAAAGAAACCAGUCAAGCGUAAGAAGGAUUUCUCCUGCGGGGAUCGACUUAUGGCGAUAAACGUAGGCAUUCCAUUCUUCAUUCCCGAGGUCCACUUCCAAAAUGCCAAAGAUCACGAAUGGACAAAGCCAGAAUUUGAACCAAAAGUAGCCCUGGAAUGUCGCGAAUUACUUUCGCCAUCUGGGAGCAAACUGGUUUCUUCCCAGCCGGAAGUGAUCAUCAUGAUAGGAUUCCCCGGAUCCGGCAAGAGUCACUUUGUCAAAAACCAUCUCGAACCGAAAGGAUACGUAUCGAUCAAUCGCGAUACUCUGGGAUCGUGGCAAAAGUGUACAUCGCUGCUGGAGAGUACCUUGCGCAGUGGGAAGCGUGCCGUCGUGGAUAACACCAAUCCGGAUGCAGAAAGCAGGAAGCGAUUUGUGGAGAUUGCGAAGAAGAUGAAGGUGCCAUGCCGGUGCUUCAAGAUGAGUGCCUCCUACAAGCAAGCCAAGCAUAAUAACGCUUUCCGAGAACUGACGAACCGUAAUCAUGCCUCGAUCAACGAUAUGGUUUUCAAUAUGUACAAGUCAAAAUAUCAGGAACCAACAAAGGAAGAGGGUUUCGAAGAAAUCGUUAAGGUGAAUUUUCUACCCAAGUUUGAAUCGGCUGCAGACGAGAAGUUAUACAAAAUGUACCUGUUGGAGAGCUAAUUAUUUAAUUCUUAGAAGUAAGUUUGUGUAUUCUUGUUCUAACAUUGAGUAUAUGCACGUUGGAUUUAGUUUCUCUUUUGUGCAUUUG